AUGGCAUCACAAACAAUGAAUUCAUCAAUGCAGCCCACUGACGUUUAUGGAGGAGAUGAAGUAUCAGCCAUUGUCAUUGACCCGGGAUACUCAAGUAUACGCGCCGGCUUUGCAGGAGAAGAUACCCCCAAAUCAUUCAUCAACUCACAUUAUGGUGUUCGCGAUGGAGAACCAUUUUAUGGCGACAAUGCGAUUCACAACCCCAGCGCGAACCUCGAAAUCCGCAAUCCAAUGAACAAGGAUGGAAUUGUUGAAGACUGGGAUACUGCGGAACAGUUAUGGAAAUAUGCUAUUACUUCGCGACUUACGAGCUUCAAGCAGGCGGAUCCUAGAACCAACGGACUAAAUGAUCGACCAGAGGAGAUGGAGGUUGAUAUGGAUGUGGAUGCGCACGAAAAACCCUUGGAAGAACACCCACUGUUAAUGACGGAGACUGCAUGGAAUACAGCCAAAUCUCGAGAGAAGGCUAUUGAAGUAGCUAUGGAAUCUUGGGGAAGCCCUGCCUUUUGGCUCGCGCGAAACAGCGUUCUCGCAGCGUUUGGAGGCGGCAAGGCUACAGCGUUGGUGGUCGAUGUUGGAGCAUCAAAUGCAUCAGUUAUAGCCGUACACGAUGGACUUGUACUCAAGAAAUCAGUGCAGAGAUCCCCUCUCGCUGGCAACUGGGUAUCCUCCCAAAUCCGCGCCAUGUUCAACACCGUAGAACCCAAAGUCGAGCUCACUCCGCAUUUCAUGAUCUCAUCCAAAACCCCCGUUGACGCAGGUGCCCCAGCCCAGGCUACCUACCGCAACUUCAAAAUUCCGCCUACGCCCAGUUUCCGCGCUUUAGAAGAAGAACGUGUUUUAACAGAAUUCAAAGAAUCGGUUGUGCAAGUUUGGAGCGGACCAAAUCGUCUAAAUGCUCCUACCGGACCCGGAACUUUAACCACAAACGUGGAUUAUGCGAAACAGCAACCGGGCCGGGUAUUCGAGAUGCCAGAUGGUUCGAAUCAGAUGUGGGGUGUAGAGCGAUUCAAUGUUACGGAAGGCAUGUGGGAUGAAAAGGCUGCGCUACCUGUAGACAACGAAUCUGCUCCCACAAAAGCCCAAACCCUCCCCGAGAUGAUCAAAGCUUCUAUUGCAGCGGUUGAUAUGGAUCUACGGUCGCAUUUGUUGCAGAACAUUAUCGUCACAGGUGGGAGCACACUACUUAACGGAUUCACAGAUCGUUUGAAUAACGAAUUAUCACUUUUAUACCCGGGUGCUAGAAUCAAGUUACAAGCUGCAGGUCUUACACAAGAGAGAAGAUUUGGUUCGUGGAUUGGAGGUAGUAUCUUGGGAAGUUUGGGAACCUUCCAUCAAAUGUGGAUCUCAAGAAAGGAAUACGAGGAAUUUGGUGCCAGUAUUGUGGAGAAAAGGUGCAAAUGAACUUACUUCUUAUUCCCACAGUUAUUGCAGAAAGCCAAAAGUUAUGCUUUAGAUCUAUGGUGGUAUGAAAUGAAAGUGGAAGGUGGGAAUUGGGCUGGCGUUGGAGGAGUUUCCAGUGCGUGCUG